AUGAUUAUCAAAAUCAGAUUUAAGCGUGAUGGUAAGCAAAUUGCUCGUAAAAUUGAUAUAAGGGAGAAUAUUAGUUUAGAAGAGUUAGAACAAAAGUUACGCGAACGCUUCGACAUAAGUUAUGACCAACGUGUAGAGCUUCAUUCUCUGGACGAAGACGAUGACCGUAUCGUAGUAUCCUUUGAAGAUGAGUUGGCUUUAAUUUUAGCAUCUCAAGAAUCCCCAUUAUUUGAGAUGAUUGUUAAGCCGAAAGUAGUAGAUAGCUUCUAUAAUUAUCCGAAGGUCUCAAAAUCAAAGCCUGGUGACAUAGUUGAAAUAAUGAUCUCAUCAAAAUGGCUCACCACCGCUAGCAUUACUCGAAAAGACACAAGAAUUUGGGGCACAUGGAUUUUUACUGAUGAUUCUGACAUCAUCAAAGCAUUGGUUCAUGUGGGAAAACUCGAAUUAACUGAAAAACCACCAGAAUACAAUUUAAUUGUCGCGAUUCGAUACUUGCCUGGAUGUUUGAAAUAUGUUGGAUCGACGAACGAAGGUAUUACCUCCGAAGAUUUUGGACCUCACGAUACCAGUUAUAUUAUUGAAUCUUUUAGAAUGGUGGCAUUGGUUUGA